AUGGAAUGGAACCUUCGAAGAAUGGAGAGUGAACUAAGGCACAUCAACCCAGACUUGCUCCAGCCCAGCAAGAGCUUCAAAAAGCCUUCAGCUGGCACCAUCACUCUCAAUGUAGGUGGCUUUUUGUACACAGCGCAUCGAACCACCCUCUCCAAGCACCUGGGCUCCUUUCUAGAAGAAUUGGCCAAUGGUAAGAAGCCAGUGCAGCACACUGACUCCAUGGGAAACCCCUUCAUAGACAGGGAUGGUCCCGUCUUUCGCCAUGUUCUCAACUAUCUCCGGACCGGUGAGCUACAGCUGCCAGACGACUUCAGGGAGGCGGGGCUUCUGAGAAAAGAGGCAGACUUUUACCGGCUGAGUGAACUUGUCAACUUGGUGUGCGAAUGGGAGAAUCAGAGAGCUGCACACAAAGAGCCAGCCUUCUUGGAGGUGACAGACAGCCAUGACCGUUCCCAAGGUCUCAAAGUGUACUGCAGUGACCAUACCUUCAUUGAUAAAGUUAAAACACGCCUAGUGCAGAUCUCCAAAAGUCGUCUGGAUGAGUUUCCUGAAGAGUUUGUGGUGUCGUCCAACGUAAUCCAGUUUAAACACUUCAUCAAGUCGGAACCGGGGUCCAGGCUAGUGCUAAAAGAGGAUAGCACCUUCUUGUGUACACUUGACUGUCUAAAACUUGAGGCAGUGAUGCUUGCACUACGAUCUGGCUAUAAGCUCAUCACUAGCCUAGACAGCAGUAAAGGAUCUGUGGUGGCGGCAGAGGCCUUGCACUUUGUCAAAUAA